CAACUAUUUAUUCCUCCUGGGAGUAUUGUAUUCACAAAGCAAAUCUGUCGACCGCGUCUUUCUCUCGGGAACUGGAAAAUGAGACAUGGACGGGCCAAGGCCGCCCGCAAAACCCUGCGAUACUUCGAGCGAGCGGUAAACCUGAAGAGCAGACCCUAUUAUUCGGUCUUGCUCGACGCCACCUUUUUGAUCGCAAUGGUUCGAAUGACGACGGGCGAGGGUGCGGAAUCGUCGGGGGCACAGUGUGGCGGAAGCMCUAUUGUUUCCAGAAUCGAACGGGUGCUGCAGGUGAACCAUCAAAGCGGGGGUUCUGCUUCGUCGAGGGACGACCGAUUGGGGAAUUUCCACGACAGCAACGGCAGUAACCACAACAAUACCAAUGCAGAUUCCGAUCGCAACCACUCGCACUCGCCCCACUACCAUUCCAACCACUACGGCGUGCGAUUUUUUGUUCCACAAGAAGCCGUCGAGGAACUCGAAACGAUCGUUCGGACCUUUCACGAUCGAUCCGAAACGACCAAGAAGAAAAAGAAAAAGGCCCAGUACGAAGCCAAAUCCAGGGUAUUUCGAGACGCCCUCGACUGGAUCCAUCGGAACGGUGGUAAGAAAAAAAGUUCCAGCCACGGCCACCGUGGAGGGGGCMGGUGCGAGGUCCUACCAAAGCUGGAACCACUCGUCAAAACGAACGCGAAAGCGAAAAAGACCCCCCAACACAAGCCAACGGAAGCAACCAACAACACCGGCGACGAAACCGAUCAAGCAAUGGAUCCAGAACAAGAAGAAGCCGACCCAAUUGCGGCUUCGGAAGCCGUGCGGCGUCACAUCGCACGAGACGACGGGCGCGAAGACAGCAACGGCAACACGAUUCAAAACAACAACAGCGUUUCCCGAACCUACAUCGUCGCCAGCCAGGAAGAGGASCUGCUGGACGAUCUCCGCACGCUUGGRACGGUUCCGAUCCUGCGCUGUGCGAAUAACGCCUCGGUCCUGAUCCUGGAAAAUCCCAGCAAAAAGGGACAGAAGCACCAAACGCUGAAGGAAUCCUCCAAGUGGAAGGGCUCCCUGCAGCACCCCGCCGAAAGGGCCCUGGUGGACGCGGCGUGGAAGGCCGAAAAGGCAAGGAAGCACGGCCUGAAGACCAGAGUCCUGGGCGGAAGCGGAAACAGCGAACGCGAACCAGCGAGGGGCGCCGGCAAGGCCAAGGGGCCGAACCCGCUGAGCUGCAAAAAGCGCAAGCAGAGUGACACAGCCAGUGGCGGGGUGAGCAAGAGCAAGAAGAGAAGGGAGCGCGCCCAGCGAAACAAGGCCGCCGCGGAAGGAGACGAACACCAAUAGUUUUGAUAGCUUACUAUAGAAAMCCAGCCGAUACCGAUGCCAAGUGGGUACAUGCCCGUCGUCGAAACAGAAGCAUCGAAUAUAAUAAAAUAACAUAG